AUGGCCGAUGAUGAUGAUGCUUGUGAUGAUGAUGAUAAUAAUGAUAUGGCGAUGAUGACUGCAGAAAGAAAUUUAGAUUAUGAGGGCAAUGAUGAUCACAAAAUAGCAAUGGUUAUUUAUGAUGAACAUUAUGAUAAUGAUGAUAAUAGUACAGUUAAAAUA